CUGACAAAAGGGUGCCAGCAAUGCCUGGAUCGCCUGUGGAAGUGAAGAUACAGUCAAGAUCCUCACCUCCCACCAUGCCACCCCUCCCACCAAUAAAUCCUGGAGGACCUAGGCCAGUGUCAUUCACUCCUACAGCAUUGAGCAACGGCAUCAACCAUUCUCCUCCCACCCUGAAUGGUGCCCCAUCACCACCACAGAGAUUCAGCAAUGGUCCUGCCUCUUCCACAUCAUCUGCACUAACAAAUCAACAGUUGCCAGCCACUUGUGGUGCCCGGCAGCUCAGCAAGUUGAAACGUUUCCUCACCACUCUGCAACAGUUUGGCAAUGACAUCUCACCUGAGAUUGGGGAGAAGGUGCGGACUCUCGUUCUAGCACUGGUGAACUCAACAGUAACAACUGAAGAAUUCCAUUGCAAGCUCCAAGAGGCUACAAACUUUCCUCUUCGUCCUUUUGUUAUUCCAUUCCUCAAGGCGAACCUGCCUCUGCUGCAGCUAGAACUGCUGCACUGUGUUCGAGCCGCCAAGCAGACACCAUCCCGAUACCUGGCUCAGCAUGAGCACCUUCUGCUCAACACAAGUAUUGCAUCCCCUGCUGACUCUUCUGAACUGCUCAUGGAGGUGCAUGGAAAUGGAAAGAGGCCCAGUCCAGAGAGGUGGGAAGAGAGCAGUUUUGAAAGAGAUACAAUUCCUCCUGAGCCUGCUGCCAAGAGAGUGUGUACCAUUAGCCCUGCUCCCCGGCACAGUCCUGCCCUUACUGUGCCCCUCAUGAAUCCUGGGGGCCAGUUCUAUCCUAGUCCUCCACCUCUUCAGCGCUAUACCUUAGAAGAUAUUGCAACUUCCCACCUAUAUCGUGAACCCAACAAGAUGGUAGAACUUCGAGAAGUUCGUGAUAGACACCACAAUCUUAGUCUAAAUGGAGGCUAUCAAGAUGGGUUGGUAGACCACCGUUUGACAGAAAGGGAAUGGGCUGAUGAAUGGAAACAUCUUGAUCAUGCCCUGAACUGCAUUAUGGAAAUGGUAGAGAACACAAGGCGCUCCAUGGCAGUCCUGAGGCGCUGUCAGGAAUCAGAUCGUGAAGAACUCAACUACUGGAAAAGACGAUACAAUGAAAACACAGAGAUGAGGAAAACAGGGAGUGAGUUGGUCUCCAGGCAGCACAGUCCCGGGAACGCAGAUUCUCUCAGCAAUGGACCCAAGUAG